AAGACACAGGAGGCAUCAUGAUUUCCUCAAAACUAUUUGGUCUGCCAGCUUUGCUGUCUCUCCUCCUAUUCCUCCCCAUCAAUGCUAUCGCAAUCGUCAAUCUUAAGGGGCAAACUAUCGAGUUUAAUGGCAAGACAUUCUACGCCCCUCCAAAAGCAGUAGCAACACUUAAAACCGCUGCUGGGGCCCAGAUCGGCAAUACCAAUGACUUGCAACCUCUCACAGUGGUUUUGACUGAUACAUUGACGCUCACAAGCUCUGUCCUUGAGUCCUUAGUUGAAAAUUAUUCAUCUAUAGAUGAUGUUUUCAACACCGGAUUCCUUGAAAAUAUAUAUGUUGAGUACAAUGGAACUCACAAACACCCAUCUGAAAGUGUAUCCGGUUCCUCUUCUUGGAAAAAGAAGCUCCUUGGAUUUGCAUCUGCAUACAAUACCAAAGCGUCGAUGAAGCUGUCCUCGUCCAAAAGCCUGCCUGCUGGCCCUUACUUCUUUAAUCCGUCCAGCGGAGAGGUCUUUGAGGCCUAUCUUUUGUAUUCGGAUACAAUGGGCUCUUUUACUCAGGGCUUAAUCCCAGUUGGUAACGAUGGGUACGGUGUCUUGUCAGCGAGCCUGCCUGGUUAUGCUUCGUUGACAAUCGGUGUUCCGUCGAGAUUGUACUACACGAAGACGGCCGAGAAGCCUUUGGCAGGUGUCCGUCUUGGAGUGAAAGAUAUUUACGACAUCAAAGGCGUCAAGACCGGCUGUGGUAACCGCGCCUACUUCGAUAUUUAUCCCGAAGCCAACACCACAGGUCCCGCUAUCCAAUCACUCAUUGAUGCCGGAGCCGUCAUUGUCGGAAAGAUGAAGACAAGUCAGUUUGCCAACGGUGAGACUGCCACAAGCGACUGGGUCGAUUAUCAUUCGCCCUUCAACGCCCGUGGAGACGGGUACCAAGAUCCCAGCUCCUCUUCAUCGGGUCCUGGAUCCGGAAUCGGAGCUUAUGACUGGCUGGAUCUGGCAAUUGGCAGUGAUACGGGAGGUUCGAUCCGCAACCCUGCACAGGUGAAUGGAUGUUUCGGUAAUCGGCCCUCAUGGGAUCUGGUCUCAUUGACGGAGGUCAUGCCCCUGUCUCCACUCUUGGACACUGCGGGCUUUUUGACAAGAGAUGUGAAGUUGUGGAGGGCCGCCUCUGAGGUCAUGUACAAGAAUGCAGGCUUGAAGUCCUACACGAAGUAUCCGAAGAGUAUCAAGACCAUUGAUUUCCCUACUAGUGCUGAUACUGCGGCCGAUGCACUUGUGCUUGAUUUCGUGGACAAAUUAGCGGCAUAUCUAGGUGGUGCUAAUGUUUCGACGUUCGAUCAUGAUGAGUUGUGGGAGACCACUAAGCCUUCAACUGUUUCUGAAGAUGCAACUCUUAAGUCUUUGUUGAAUAUUACUUACCCUAUUCUCAUUUCAAAGCAGCAGUAUUCUCUUGUUGCUGCUCCGCUGUACGAGAAAUAUGAAGCCGCAAAUGGAGGACGGAGACCUUUCAUUGAUCCGGUUCCUCUUUCCCGCUGGGGAUUUGGAUUGGAGUACCCCGAAUCGCAGCUGGAUGUCGAGAUCUUGCACAAGGAUAUCUUUAGUCACUGGUGGAAUAGUACGGCCCAAGUGUUUGAUGAGAAGACCUGCUCUGACAGUCUCAUGCUGUACGUUGGAACUGCAGCAACACAAACGUAUCGCAACGUUUAUCGGAGUCUGCCCGGUAUUCCCACUGGAUUUUCAACCUCUCGCAUUGCCAACUUUGCUGGUGUACCUGAUAUGGUUGUUCCAAUUGGUCAAGCACUGUAUAACUCCACCAUCACCCUCAAGGAAGAAUAUUUGCCGGUGGCAGUCGAUUUCAUUGCCCCUCGCGGCUGCGAUCUGAUGAUUUUCAAUUUGGUGAAUGAGCUAGUGGAAGCAGGAAUCGUGAAGGAGCCUGUUGCCGGAUCGACGUUGUAUGGAGAUGGUGUAAUUUAUUAUUGAUCGAAAAAUCACGAGACAUUUUAGAUACUAUUGAUACCUGUGAUAUGCACAUGUACAAUGCCUAAUUUACUCCUUCUGG